CAGGUGCUGACGCCUGCGCCACACAAGGAAGGGACAGGCGGAGCGCCUGUAUCUUGGCAGGUGCCAGACGAAGGGAAGGGAUUUUCCCCUUGAGGUUCCUUCGUUAUCUUGAUCCAGCAGAAGAAAAGCUUAGAAACACCAGUGCUGCCAGGCAAGAGAGGAGCGGUGUGGGCAACGUGUCAGCUGCAGAGAAGCUUGCCAGACUUCUCCCAUCUCUGUGAUGCUCACAUUGUCCACACAGCUGUAGCAAAACCUUCCCAAAGCUGGGAGCACUGCAGGAGCUGGUCCCACCAUCAGGCUUCCCUGAAUACUGUGGAUGAAGCACCCAAUAAAGGAAGGACGCAGCUCUGGAUAUUCCUGAAUGGUGCUGUUCUGGGAAUGCUCCCUCAUAUCCUGCAACACUGCUCAGGGUGUGGACUCAGCUCCAGCAGUUGGACCGUAGCUCUCCAGGUGGCUCUGCCAUGGAAGGAUGCACCACCAGGCUCUAAGGAACAAGACAGAGGCAUCCCCACUUGAGAAAUGCAGCUGGCUUCGCAACCACCACUGCUCUGACCUUCCCUCUGCUGUGAGGGUCCACAUUCCUCUGUGCCACCACCCCACUGUGCCCUCCCCACUAUCUGCCUGCCAUGCCAGAGCUGGCAGACCUGAGCUCCCCCCGCAUGCCUGCGGAUGCUGACCACAUCCAGAGGAACAUCCUGGAGGAGCAUGUGGAGCUCUGGUGGUUUCAGGACCCCAAGAAGUCCAUCCUGUGCUACGGGAUGGCUGUGGUGCUGAUCCUGGCCUGCGGGAUCGGGGGCAUCAUCCUGCUGUACAGCACAAGCAGCCGCUCUGGGGAAUGGCGGCUGGCAGUGGGCACCACGCUGUGCCUCCUGGCCCUGCUGGUGCUGCUGAAGCAGCUGCUGAGCUCGGCAAUCCAGGACAUGAACUGCAUCCGUAGCCGGCAUCAGAUCGAGCUCCUGAAGAGUGGGGGCUUCUCGGACUGCCUGGUGUUGCUUCUCAGUGCCCUGGUGUUGCUGGUCUGCGGGGUGGUGCUCACCGUCCUCUCCACCACCACCAUGCAGCUCAGCCCAGCACGGCCACUGGCCAGCAUGUUCAUCAGUGGGGUUGUCCUGCUGGCCGCCGGCAGCACCCUGCUGCUCUGCCUGCUGCUCUACUUGCUCUGCACCUCCUGCUGCCAGGCUGCUCCCCACGGCUUGGAGACCGGUGAGAUCCGAGUCUUCACCAUCUCCGGCCGCCUCGCUGCCAACAGGCGGCUUCCUCCCACCUCCAGCAUGGCCAACCUGAUCUGACCCAUGGCCACUGCAUCUGCGCUGUGAUAGCCCUGCAUGAGGCUCGCUGGAUACAGCCCUCAGCAGUCCUUGUGCCAGCCUUUCCCAAAGGAAGGGCAGGAGUUGUGCCUCAUGUUUUCUUCCAAGAUGACUGGCGUUUGCUGAACCUCAGGCUCACAGUGUGACAGAGACUUCGGGUUGCCUCGACAGGCGUUGUGAUCUGGAGUUUUAGGAGCCUCGUUUGCCUUUUAUCUCAGCACAUCCUCCUGUGGUAGCUGCUGCUCUGACAGCCAUGCCUGCUGUCACAGAGCCAAGGUGAGCCCGUCCCACACCUCGGGGACCCCAGAGCCUGAUUCCUGCAGUUCCCUGGGUCAUGCUUCUCCUGGCAGAAGGGGCUGCAAUUUCCAGGGCUAUAACCCCAGCCCAGCUCCUAAGAAGUCUCCUGUUGGGGGGGGGAUUUGUGGGGGAUUCUGUGUACCAUGGCUCCCGAAAUGCCAUUUGUUUCUGUGAUGCCAAGAUCUUUCCUGAUAUUACUUUGCUGCAGCCCCACCACUGUCGGUGGGUUAUCAAAGAGGUGACCAAGGUGUGCUGGUAUCAGGGCCAUGGUGGGGUGUCAACUUUGUACGCUGCGUGUCGGGAGGCUCCAUGAUUGCACCAGUGCACUGCAGCCCUGCAAGCCAUGGACAGAGAGGUGCUAUUGCUGGGGCUGUGCUGCUGGGAUGCCCAAACCCCAGGACUGGGGCUUUUCCAACACCGGUUCCCCAGCACAGACCCACUGGGAGCUGGCACAGCAGCUGUGCUGUGCAGCAGUUCUGCCAUUCUGUCCCUUACCCUGAGGUCUGGUGCUGUGUCUCUAUGAGGUACCUACCACUGAGUGCCUUUCCUAGAGGCAGGCUUACAGCUCACCCUCAGAAACCUUUCCUGUGAAUUGAAGCCAAUUUACCUCUGAACAUUUUGGUUCCCUCCCUGGGCCCACAAACCAUUUCACUGCUCCUGCACUUUCCAUAGACACCGAUCCUAACCUUCCCAGCCAUGCUAUUCCACUUCAAACUUCUCUUUCUCUCCAUCUUCCUAUCUGCUCCCAUCUCCCCCUGAUCUGCACUGUUCUGCCCCAGCCACUAUUUUUGCCCUCUAUUUUCCAAGUUACCCAUGAGAAUUAGGAUCUCUGUAACAGAACGAGACUGAACUAUUUUUUUUUUUUGGUGUCUGGUAGCAAAUUUGCUUUGAAGAGGACGAUAGCUCAUUCUCUUAGGAGCAGCAUAUGCCAUUACCCACGUUACACCUGGGGCACCUGUGAACCCCACCAGGUACAGCCAGACAAGGAGAGCUUCAUCCCUUUGCAGCUCCAGAGCUUACCGUCCCUGAUGCACUCAGAACACAAGGGCACAUCUUUAUUCAUCUGGUCUUGCCCUGCUCCUACUGACUUUCCCUCCCCCAGAAGCCUUGGAUUGUUUUCCCUGGAGUAUGGGAACAUUGUGCUGGUUUUUCUUUUCUGGAUCUGUUAUUUCUAUAUUUUCCUCUGUCAUUUUUAUAUCAUCUGUAGAUCUUAUUAAACUGUUGUUUCCUCCUCUCUGCAUCACUUCCCUUAAUCUGCCCAAGAAUUAAGAGGGUGUCACUAAGCUCAGGUCUUUCUGUGCUAAAUGCUCUGCAUUUGUGUAGCAAAGAGCAGUCCUUCCCCUUGGGACUGCUCACCCCAGGGAUGCUGUGUGCAGUAUGGGGGGGAUGGGCUGCAGCUGGUCAGAAGUUUUGCAUAACCCACAGCUGCUGCUCUGCACAUCUGUGUGGGUGCACGUGCAGUUAUGCCAAGCUGCACCAGCUCUGCCUGCCUUUGCAAUUGCUCUCAGCUUCCCCAUGCAUGUGGGCAGUACACAGCAACCUGCACACCUGCUGUUUUGCACAUCUGGGCACCUCUGGCAGACGCAUGUCUGUGCCCAGCUCGCAGCCCCGUGCUGCCUGCCUGCCAGUGUGAAUCCUUCCUUUCAAAGCCCCUUCAGAAUGUGCAUAUGUGAACUCUGCCAGGAAAGGAUGCUCGGGACCGUGUCCCUGCCCAAGGAAGCAAUGUGUGAGGACUGGCUGCCUCUGAGCAGGGAGGUUGGCGUGUCUGGCUGCCCUGAUGGAUGGGCUGCACUGACUCACCUCCUGCAGAAGCAUUACUGUUUCGUUCCUUUCUCAUUUCCUGUGUUGUGCAUGGAAAUACAUAAUAAAGUGUUGCAGAAUUUG